CAACAUGGCCGCAACAGAGCCUUGUCGGUUGGUUUGGCACUUCCGGUUGGGCAGUUACAGGAUACUACCGUAUUUAGAGUUAACGAGGCUUCUGUGCUUUCAUCGAGUGUUGGACUACAGCUUCUCCACCAGCUUCACUAAUGGAGAAAACAUUUAGUGAGUUCAAGAAACGGCGUCUGAACAAAAUUGACCUCAGUAAAAAGGGUAAUGUGGAUGAAGAUAUUGUUCAUUUAGUGGAUUUGCUCAAUACCUGCGAGCAGUAUUUUACGACCAGUUCCUGCUCCGGACGCAUUACGGUCAUUGACGGGGCUCCCGAAAGCUGUGUCGUGCAGAAGAGAAACCUUGUCUUGCUGUUUGUUUCUCAUAAGGAAUGCAAAUUUGAUGACGUGAUGUCUGCUUUGGUCAGCUCUUGUGGAAAUGCUGUGCUGAAGUUUGAGCCAUUUAUCCUCCAUCUUCAGUGCAGGACACUGGGGGACGCACAGUUAAUGCUUUCAGCAGCUGUCCAGUCUGGUUUCAGGAACUCUGGUCUCAUUUUGAGCAAGGCCGGGAAGAUCAUUGUGGCAAUCCGCUCUACCCAUAGCCUGGAGGUUCCGCUUAGUCACCAAGGCAAGCUAUUGGUUUCACAUGAGUACUUAGAGUUUUUAAUUGGGAUAGCCAAUCAAAAGAUGGGAGAUAAUUUAAGACGAAUUCAAAGGUUUUACCAGACCCUCAAGACAACUGUGAUUUCAAAGGACCACCAGAAACUACCAAGCAAAGAAGAAAUGCGUGUGACAAAGAAUAAUAAAUCAAUUGUGUCUGAACAGAGGCAAAAAUUAAGAGGCAUAAUUAAUGAUUGCCAUACUGAUGGAGGCAGCAGUAUAAUUGAGAUGGAUGAAGAACUGCAUUUAGCUAAAUGGUUAAAUGAUGUUGUUUAAAGCCUGUCUGAAGAUGUCUGGUCUCACUUAAUCUAUUUAAAAAAUAAAAACUUUUAUUUUCAUUUA